GUAUUGGCCUAGGCACGACGGUGCCUCGGGGAGCUGGCGGAACAGGUGCAGGGAAAGGUCAUGAAGGCCGGCGCCGGGCCGAGGGUUGGGUGACGCCCUACCUUUUUCCUCAGCCAGCAUUGUUCCAGCGCCACGCUGACAACGCCCGGGCCGACACCUUGCGAUUGUGGCCUAGUGCUCUGCAUGCGGAGCAAAAGUUUUUCCCGCACGCGUCGGCUCCUAUCUUGACAUCGCAUGCCGUUUGUCGCUUCUAGCGGCACGUCAAUCCUUCCGACUGCAUCGGGGUCACGUUAGGCCCACUGGGGCGGGGUCAGGGCGCCGGACUGAGGUUAUCGUAGUGCAGAUCAGAACUCAAACUAAAAUCGAAGAAACUUUUCUCAAGAAAAUUUGACAACAAAUAAUGCUUUAAAAAAAGGAAAACAAAUAAACCCUUGCACAAAAAACUAUUUAAGAUUGAGGGACCGUGUAUUAGAAAGCAAGGCGAGAUUUUAAGGCGUCGUAAGAAGGUGUCGGUUGCGGAGAGUUUGGGAUUGACCUGGGACCGGUCGGCGGGCAGUGGGAGGGACCUUGAGGGGAGGGGCGCGACAGUGAAACGGGGUGGAGCGCGGACUCGUCGCUGGUCACGCGGAUGACGUGCGUGGACGGAAACGGAAAUUGUCUGAUUUAAAUUGCUUUCAAACGUGCAGUCAUGAACAGAAUCAACGACACAAAUUCUGAACAUCCCAGAUGAAGUCACGAAUAGGACCAAGAAUGUCAUCAAUUGGAGACAAGUGGGUCAUGUCAUUCUCUCAUAGAAUAGAUUAGCUUAGUCUAGCCAAGCCUAGCCUAGCCCACCUCAGGGGUGUCAGAAACAAGAGGCAACGGAAGCCGAGCGGGAAGUUCAGUUCAGCCGAGGUCAGGAUGGAGGACACAAAAUGGCUGCUUGUGCCUUGUUUACUUGCCGCAGCCAAGCGUCAGGGCGUGGCUUGAGGGGUUGAUAUCAUACGACGUCCAGCAAAAAGAAGCCGUUGAAGCAUCAGCGGUCACGAUUUUGGCUGAGCUCACGGACCACUUUUGUGGAGCCGGUCUCUGUUGUGGGCGUCGCCGUGCUUGUGUGAUGUUACGCCGAGACGCGUUUGGCGAGUCGCAAGGUCAGGGCCGAAAUUCACUUGACUGUGAAACGUCAUCAUUUUCCUGUCGCUGCUGUGUGUCCUUUUGCGAGAUCUCACGCGCGCGUGUGUGUGGCUGUUUUUGAGAUGACGGCGAUGUCACCUGAGACCGCUUGGCGACGCCCCACCCCGAUAAAUACUCCCAUUCCAAAUCCUCCCUUGAAAGGAUUGGACUGAAGCGACAGUAGCACGUCAUUUAUCUGUGACGUGGUGUGUUGGCCCAUUUCGCCGUGCCCGCUCACUCUCGGCAGUUUGUGUCGCUGCAGGCCCCGCCCAUGAUCACCAUCCGUCCUUGCCGGCGUCAGUCACAUCGUCCUCUUUGUCACCAUGAGCGCCGUGGCCUUGUCGCCUUUGAGCCCAGAGCCGUCAUCCCCAAUGCGCACCGCGGCCACACCCACUCCGGACCAGGGAGACCUGUGGUUAGUGAGCCCCGCGGCGGCCGACGUCGCCCACAGGCGCCCGCCGCCCGUGCAGGCGUGUGCCGACUGGCAGGUGCUGCUCCACCUGCCGCAGACGGAGGCGUGGCUUCGCACCAGCGGCGCCCGCGUGACGCGACUGACGCGCUCGGUGGCGCAAGACGGCGACAACAGACACGUGGACGCGCACCUGCUGCAGCUCAAGGACAUCUGCGAGGACAUCUCUGACCACGUGGAGCAGAUCCACGCUCUUCUGGAGACAGAGUUGUCGCUCAAGCUUCUGUCAUACUCUGUUAACAUCAUAGUGGACAUCAGGACUGUGCAGCUUCUGUGGCACCAGCUGCGGGUUUCCGUUCUGGUUCUGAGGGAGCGUCUCCUUCGGGGUCUGCAGGACCCCAACGGAAACUUCACCAGGCAGACCGACAUCCUGCAGGCCUUCAGCCAGGACCAGGACCAACACCAGACUCGGCGCCUUGACGCCCUGACCGACGUGGACGAUUGCGGUCGGCUGACCAUCCGCUGCAGUCAGGACUACUUCUCUCUGGACUGUGGCAUCACGGCCUACGAACUCAGCGACGACAACAGUCCCGGCAACGAGCCCGAGUCCCGGGAAAAGCAAAAGACGGGCGCUGCCCCGGAGCCCGAGGAGGUCGCCACAGCCGACGUGCAAAAGAAGCAGGAAUCCCAACGGCCAAAGCACCACGACCCGGGAGCCCAUCCAAGCGAGGCUGCAAAGUCAAAGAGAGCCGUGCUGAUCUUGGACGACAGCGGGCUCUCUGAACUACAAAUCCAGGCCCGGCUCCAUCCUCUCAUGGAUCUUCUGAUGGAUCCUCUGGUGGAUCCUCUGGUGGAUCCACUGGUGGAUCCUCUGGUGGAUCCACCGGUGGAUCCUCUGGGGCAUCCUCGGAUGGAUCCUCGGGUGGAUCCUCAGAUGGAUUCUCGGGUGGAUCCUCUGGCAGUGCCAGAACGCUCCGAGCUCUGGCUGGAGCUGGACUCCGUUUGUCCCGAAAAUACUUCAGAAGAUGUCCAGCACCUGAAGGUCGUAGACUUCGGCAGCAUCCGACGAGCUGGCGCAAUGGCAAACAAGAGGCUUUUGGAAGUCUCUCCGCUUCCGCAGAGAAACAGUGUGGACCCUCACGGUGACUCUGAUUGCUCGGCGCUGUCCCCCAUUGGGGAUUGGGUCCUGUCCUCGGAGUCGGAGCCCAGAGCGAAGGGGGAGCUGCGGGCAUCCUCAGAGGCCAGUCCAGACAAGGAGCACUGGUACGGCUCUGACGAGUUCCUGGCGCUACCCGCUCAGAUCCACAAAAGUGAACUUUUGGCCCUCAACCUGGAGAGUCUGUCUCAGGCGCUGGGACCCAGUGGCGAGGAGCUUGGCCCCGGCGCUUUGCAGGACGUGGACGACUGGGAUUUGACUGAACUCAACCAGGAUGCCUGGGAUUCGACUGAGAGUGGAGAAGACGUUCCUUCUCCACCGCUGGUCUUGCCGACCACUCCCUCCAUCCUCCAGGGUCCGGUCGGGCACGACCCCCUGGGCCGCCUUAGCCCUGCCUCCUCCGGCGACUCACUGGAUGAAAGCAUUCAGUCCGGCCAACUGAGCGAGCCACUGUCUGAAGAAGGGCGGGAGCCUGCGCCGGAUAGACGAGGGAGCGCCACUCUGACGCGGCGGCUUCUGGAGGACACGGGCCAGUACAAAAAUCCAGACGUGUGGAACAAGAUGGAGGAGUUCGUGCGACGGCUGGACGGGUUCAUCGGCUGGCUGCAGGGAGCGCUGGAGAGCACCGGCGACUGGGCGCCACCCGCCGCCCGCUUGGACGCGCUCAAGAGCUACCUGGACACCCACCUGACGUUCAAAGUCAACGUGGACAGCCACAGCACACUGCAAGAGCGCAUCAUGGAGGAUGGGAGGGCAUUGCUCGCCAUCAUACCUGCCCAGCAAUCAGAACUGCGCGGCAUCCUGCACAUGGUCUCGGGUCAGUGGGACCAGCUCCAGCUUCAGAUCCGCCGCCAGCACGCUUGGAUGCUGCGUGCCCUACGCCAGGUUUCUGCGCGCCUGCUGCAGCACGCUGGCCCGUUGCAGCGAGACGACGACCUGCGGGCAGAACUGCUUUGCAGUCACUAUGACGCCCAGCCAGACUCCCUCCGGCAGUUGGCCGCCAAGCUUGCCGGCCUGCGCUACGCCUCGCCCGCCGGUGGGGGGUGCCACGUAGACAGGCAGCAAGACUUUGAGCGCACCUACGAGGAGCUGCUCACGGACGCGGACGCCGCGGCCAGCGACAUCCCACGGCCGCCCAUGUCGAAGCAGCAUCUGCCGCAGAAGAUGCACUCGACGCCGCCGUCGCUGUGCUCGGAUGUCCCGGAGCAUCUGCGGGCCAGCAUCGAGGAGCUGAAGGCGUGGCUGCGACACGCUGAGCUGCUCAUCUUUAACUCCUGCCUGCGGCGGCCCCGGCACCACGCUCGCCAGCAGCUGGCCAGCUUCAAGAGUUUGUGUUGGGACGUGCGGGCUCGGCGAUGCGGCGUCUCACGGCUUCUGAAGCUUUGCCAGAAGCUCCUCCGGCAGGACCAGCCGGGGCUUGAGGCCGAGGCAGAGGCGGAGCGGCGGCGCCAGGCCCUGCAGCUGCUGUCCAUCAACCUGGAGCGGAGGUGGGAGGCCGUGCUCAUGCACACGCUGCACUGGCACAACAGACUCAAGAGGGAGCUGCCGGGAGAGCCGCGCACGCCGGGAGAGCUGGCAGAGCCGCGCAUGGUCCCAAGGAACUCUGUGGAAACAGGCCCAUCGAAUCCCCUCCAAGUUCCUCCCCACCGAGCUUCUCCCCACCAAUCUCCUCCCCACCGGGCUCCUCCUCCGGGAGCCUCGGCUCCCGACGACUCGUGGGAAUGGGACGAGACCGAUCUGGCUGUGGCGGAAUCUCCCGAACUGACGCACAAGGAGGCCGGCGUGACGACAAAUGUCCCUCCUCAAACGGUGGUCUACCAGGUGUACGGUCUUCACACGGUGGAGUGGAAAAGGCUUCCGGAAGAGACCGAGAGGAACCAACACACGUUUCACAGGAGCCCGAGCAAGGACUCCACCUUCUCGUCCAUGGAGUCCCUCCUGGGCAGACUGACGCCGGGUGAGCCAGACCUCCUGGGCGAGCAAGGUGGCGAGAGGAGACCUGAGAGGGAAGGGGCCAACGACGGCCAUUUGUCUGGCAGCGAAAGCGGCAUUGUUAGCGACGCCGGAGACGUCGAGACCGUACCGUGUCGCCGACUCCUUGAAAAAGAGAGUGUGAACGCGCCCACCGCAGCCAUGCUGCACCGAGAGGAGCAGAGAGCCCAACGAGCUGCGCAAGAAGAAGCCGAGCUCAAGAAAGGAGAUGGUGAGGAGCUGGAUGGCUUGGAGCCAAGUGCAACCGGGUUUCCCUGUUUGGACCAAGUCGCCGGGCCCCACCAGCCAAGCGCCAGUCCCCUCUGGUCUCCAGGCUCUUCUUUGGAGUCCCUCCUGUUGCCGGGCCGUGAACUGUUCCCCUCCAAAGAGCACCUCCAUCGCAGCGCCUCCCUGGAGAGCGGCCUGUUUGGCCUUGGCCGCAGCCUGGACGGCCACACCCGCCUGGACGCCGACACCGACCUGGACGCCGACACCGGCCUGCACACCGACUUUGGUCUGCAGGCCGACACUGGCCCGGACGGCCACACCAGCCUGGAUGCCGACACCGGCCUUGCCCCGCGCUGGACCGGAGAUGAGGACCGCCAUCGUCCAGAAGACCUGAGGCUUGGCAUCAGAGGACGAGGACAGCUGUCUUCGGGAGAGCUGAGCAGGAGAACUCUGGAUCUCCUGAAGCGUCUGGAGAACAUUCAGAGCCCGACAGCCACCAAGAUGACUCGCAGCGUUUCGGAGCUGACGCUCGGCAGCCAGACGCUCGGCAGCCAGACGCUCGGCAGCCAGACGCUCGCCUCCCCUUGGCUGGGGGACCAACGCUCGCGAGGUUCCCGUGAGGUUCUACCGUCACUCGUUGAUGACAACUCUGCCUCGCUCACCGUGCUCCCCAAGCGCAGGAGCCUCCUUCUGGAGGGGGCCAGCAAGCAGAACUCCUACGGGAGGAGCGGCCACCGAGAGGAGGUGGACGCUGUUAGUCUGAGCAUGGUGGUCAAUGUCUCCUGCUCCGACGACGAGAAUGACGGCGAUCUCCUGUCCUCCUCCACCCUCACCGAGGAGGAGAUGGAAGUCCUAGAGGAGGAGGAGGAGGAGAGGCUGAUGCUCGCCUCGUUUGAGGACGAAGACCGGGAUGACGAGUUGGCCGCCGAGGAGGCCUACGUGUUGGGCUUGGAUGACCUGAAGAAGGAGCUCCAGGCAUGCAGGCGACCUCCUCCCGCCUCAAAGACAGAAGUUGGACUAUGGGAUGAACUCCAGUGUGGGAGCAACCCUGAGCAAGGACACCCCCUGAACUCUACCAAGCGAGACCACCAAGAGGAGGCAAACCGGAGGCGCUUCAUGAGCCAGUUUGCGGAUGAUGUGGAGAACGGCAACGUGGAGAACGGCGCCUUGGAAGGUAAAGAUGCGGAUGACGAGCUCCUGCGAGAAGAGUCUGCUGUUUUCACCAAGAGAGGUGAGCCUCUCAAUGUACGAGCAGAGUCUCACGCCUUGAGAGGAGUAGCUCUCCAACUCGUCAGGGACUCCUUUACCUUCUCAGUAGCCGAAGAGGAUCUUGAGCUGCUUCCUUCUUCACCAACCUGCGAGUAUCUGCCGCCCGCUGGCGCCUCCUCCUUCGAAGGACAGCUUAAGGGCGAGUUACCCUGCCAGAGCGUCUCCUUCUCCCCCGACAGGAAGGCCAUCACCAUUCAGGAGAAGUUCAAGUUCUCCUCGCUGGUGACGGAAGAGAGCAGGAACAAACUCCAGGACAAGCAUUCCUGCCACCCCAGCAAAAACUCCCACACUCCCUCGUGCUGCUGGCCCUCCCUGCUCUCCUUGCCCUCCUCACCCUCCCCACCCUCCUCCGAGGAGGCUGUGCACAACUUUGUCAUGGAAAUCUUGGACUUGACUUCAGAGGCCCGCCAGAGCAAAGAGAUUCCUGGACGAGAGCUAACGCAGACCAUCGGAAAGUCCGACACCGAACUAAGCCCCGCCUCCUUCCAGCACAUCAGAGAAAAGGUGGCGCAACAUUCCCAUCGGCCCUUGCGCUUGCGCAAAGGCGACUUCUACGCCUACCUGUCGCUCUCGUCCCACGACAGCGACUGCGGUGAACUCACUCGCUGCGCCGAGGACGGAGGCGUCACUGUGCCUGCGCCUUCCCUCGUCCCCACCGGCGCCGCCAGCCCCGCCCCCUCUCACCCGGGUGAGGAAACGCUCGUCCCGGCCUGCACAGAGGAGGCCUACCUGGGCCCGCCGCUCUGCUACAGCUUGCCGCCCACCGACAAAGCGAGGGCCUUACCGGAGAGGGAGGCGCGGCUCCCAUGCCCCCAGGAGGUCCAAAGCGUCACAUCCGCUCCGCCCCUUGGCUGCAAACGGCAGAUCCCCAAACACUCGCCCGAGGAGAGCCAGAGUGGGGUCUUGGCCCAACCGGAGCCUUCUCACUGCUCCUUGUCAAAGAUCCAGCGGGGCUCGCCGCCCGGCAAAUCGCAUCCGCAUGGAGGCUUUCCAGAGGAGGCAGAUGUCGGAGACGCCGAGGAGGCCGUCCCGGGUGAAGCCAGGCCGGAGGGGGCCCCGCGCCUCGCGGGCCGCCAUGUGUCGGAGGCGCCUCGUAGUGAGGCGACCCCUUAUCUAAAUCCCGGGGCGCGUGUCGCCCCGAUAGACUCCUCGCCGGCUCAGUGUUUGGCAGAUACUAAAAGGCUUCAAUCCAAUAUUGGCGCCGUAAUGACCAAGAUAAGUGACAGCGACUCCACGACAAAUCCUUCAAAAGAGCCGCCCACCCCCGCCGCCUCCGCGCAAAUUAAUCCCAAAAUUAACCGCAGGCCGAUCAAAGAGGCUGAUAGGGCGGUGGGGAGGCGGGGGGAGGUCUACACCCGCGGCGGCAGCGAGCGGCCCCAAGACAGGCUGGCGGGGGCAAGGAGGCGGCUGGACGUGAAGAAGAGCGCACCGCUCGCAGGCAACAAGAACCAGGCGAGCGCUGUCAAUCAAGCCACACGGGGGCGGAGCCAAGUCCUGGAUCGGCCGAUCCGAACCGGGCUGCCGAGCAUCCAGGUCCGUCCGUGAGAACAACCGGUGUGCGACCGAGAUGAACGAGAGGAAGACGAAAGUUGACGAAGAUGAACAAAGAGCCAAUUUAAAGAGAAGACACUUCGACAAUGAGCUCGGAAACGCAGCUGAAUAAACAAAAUGGCCGCCUGCAAGACGCUCACGAACACACCCACAGAAAUAAGCGCACUACACAGUGCACACACACGUAACACACACACACACACAUACUUUUACCACACGUCCACAACAAAGAGCACACACAAAAAUGCGCGCGCGAACGACGCGAGCAUUCAUUUUGUAGGACAAGCUGAAAGUUGAGUGUCAAAAGGUGAUUUGCUUUGUCUAUGCAACGCCGGCGGUGGCGGUGGCCAUUUUGCACGGGGCUUGCUUUAAUGAUUUUGCGUUUUGCUUGGAUGAAGAUCAAAACGCGUUUGAGUCUGUUUGUGCCUUGCUACCUUUUUAGCCACCGUCGGGAGGAGGCUGCAAUUUUGUCAAGGUGCAAUGCUACUUGCGUGUAUGUUUUGUUCUGCAUGUCCCGACGUACAAUCUGUUCGGGACCUCUGCAAAGGGUGCACUUCUUUUGUUUGUGUUCUGCUCGGGACCGGCGCGAUGGGCGGCCUCCUUUUGUUUGUGUGCCGCGUGUCGGGACGCUGAGCCUUGGUAAAAGUUUCCGGAGAAACAAAACAAAGGUUCCUCAACAUCCCGGGAGAGACGUGCUUGGCUAUGCGCAUCCUCAAUAAACGCUCGCAAUUGUCAUCA